AUGGCGGCUGUGCUUCUUCCAGUAUGGAAUUUUUUUUCCAAAGUGUCAGCAUUGUCUUCUGACAGCACAUGUUCAGCUCAAAUAACAUUUAAUACAACCAAAUUUGUAGAAGUCACUGUUUGCAAUGAAACGGUCGUCCUCCCAUGCUUUGCUACCAACGUGGAAACGAAGAACCUCAGAGAGCUUUAUCUGAAGUGGCAAUUUCGAGGAAAAGACAUAUUCAUCUAUGAUGGAACUCAAGAUAUGGCUAAACCCAGCAGUAAUUUUAGUAGUGCAGAAAUCACCCCCUCAGCGUUACUAACCGGAAAUGCCUCUUUGAAGAUGAAAAAGCAUGAUGCUGUUCUUGGGAACUAUACGUGUGAAGUAACAGAAUUAGCCAAAGAAGGUGAAACGGUGGUAGAACUCAGAUACCGUGUUGCACUUAAAUAUACAUCCAACCGGACAAAUGAGAAAAGCAUUCUCAUGUUUGCUGCUGGACUCUUGCUCACCAUAGUCAUUAUUGUUGGAGCCAUUCUUUUCAUCCCAGGUGAAUAUUCAAUAAAGAAUUCAUCUGGACUUGGCUUAAUUAUAAUUCCUACGGUGAUAUUAAUAUUACUUCAGUACUGUGCUUUUAUGACAGCUUUUGGAAUGACUUCCUUUGCCAUUGCCAUAUUGAUUCUUCAGGUGCUGGGGUAUGCACUUGCUGUGGUUGGAUUAAGCCUCUCUGUCUCAGAAUGUACCCCCCAGCAGGGUCCACUUCUGAUUUCAGGUUUGAGUAUCGUAGCUCUAGCAGAAUUACUUGGACUAGUUUAUAUGAAAUUUGUGGCUUCCAAUCAGAAGACUAUACAACCUCCUAGGAAAGCUGUAGAGGAACCCCUUAAUGCAUUCAAAGAAUCAAAAGGAAUGAUGAAUGAAGAGUUUAGUGGGAAGCCUCGAUCCCGUUUUUAG